AUGAGUGAGGAAGAGCAGAGUAACGGCUCGCUGUCGGUCAGAAAACUGCCCCGCAUGCCCAAGUGCUCGCGCUGCAGAAAUCACGGAUUCAUGUCUCCGCUGAAGGGCCAUAAACGGUUCUGCAACUGGAGGGACUGUCAGUGUCAGAAAUGCAGACUGAUCGCCGAGCGACAGCGGGUCAUGGCAGCCCAGGUGGCUUUACGGAGGCAGCAGGCUCAAGAGGAAGAGCUGGGCAUUUGCAGUCCGGUAAACCUGUCCGGUUCCGACACUCUGGUGAAGAACGAGCCCACCAGUGAUUAUGUGUUUACUGUCGGGUCAAGAGCUUCAUCACCCACAACCAGCAGUGCUGCCACCUCUCCCACUGUCCCAGGGAGUCGUUCCAUGCUGGCGCUAAGCCCCGCAACGGCCAGCAGAGGGCACGCAGAUGGUACAUCUGAUCUGAUGCUUGAUGCCUCCUAUUACAACCUCUACCAGCCCACACGCUACUCUUCCUACUACAGCAACCUGUACAACUACCAGCAGUACCAGAUGCCUAGUGGAGACGGCCGUCUGUCCAGCCAUAAUGUGUCUCCCCAGUACCGCACACACUCCUACUAUUCCUCUUACCUGAGUCAGGGACUCGGCACUGCCGCCUGUGUCCCUCCCGGCACCUGCCCUGAGCCCAAAGCAGCAGCUUUUUCUGAUGGAGUGCAAGACUCCAGUUUGGCCUCAAUGUCCAUCCCCUCAUUGACCAACACAGAGAACAAGCUGGAGUGUGAGAGCAGCUCAGAGUCUGGAACCUUCUCUGUGGAGUCCAUCAUAGAGGGAGCAACCAAAUAAAAGACCCUCAACUGUACCACACUAAGCUAUCUUCAUUCAGCAACAUCAAUAUUUCCAUUUCUAGCCAUUUUUGGAUUUGACACAAUAUUUGUCUUCAUGAAUUGAUGCAUUUCUGUUAUUUUCUACUAAAAGUAUAAUGAAGUAAAAUAGUAAAACUGAUCAGGUUGAUCGUGUGGUCCCUUUCAAAUUUUCAGGGCAUUUCUUUGAGAUAGUCAUAGAUAAUAGUUACAUUUCAGUUGUUGUUUCUCAAAGAGAAAUAUCCCAAUAAACUUUGAUGAUCAGAUAUAGAGUAGUUAGUAUGUUGUUCUAUCAAUAAGUUUUUUUACAGUUGGAUUGCUUCAGCUUGUUUAUUUUAAUGCUGACAAAAAUUCUUACAGUUCAAACCAAAUGUAAUCCAGAUUGGUCAACAAUUCCCUAGCAGAACUCCUAUGAGAAAAAUGGCAUGGCAGAACAAUUUAUUGUUGUAUCAGUUGGAGCUCAGCAUUGUGGUCAUUGAUUUUGUGUAAAUCCAACCACUGUACUUUGCUGGUGUAAUGGUGAGUUCUUGUUCACCAUCAUGUUACAAAUAUUUUUUAUGAAUGUUAUCAUUAUAAAACAAUGC